AUGUCUCGUCCUCAAGUUUCUGUUAUCUCGGCCCAGGGCCAAAAGACCUCCACCCAGUUGCCUUUGCCAGCUGUUUUCGCUGCUCCAGUCAGAGCCGACAUUGUCCACUCCGUUUUCACCAGAGUGAACAAGAACAAGAGACAGGCUUACGCUGUUUCUGAGAAGGCUGGUCACCAGACUUCUGCUGAGUCUUGGGGUACCGGUCGUGCUGUUGCCAGAAUCCCAAGAGUUGGUGGUUCCGGUACUCACAGAGCCGGCCAGGGUGCUUUCGGUAACAUGUGUAGAGGUGGUCGUAUGUUCGCUCCAACCAAGACUUGGAGAAGAUGGCACGUCAAGGUGAACCAGAACGAGAAGCGUUACGCUACUGCUUCUGCUAUUGCCGCUUCUGCUGUCACCUCUUUGGUUUUGGCCAGAGGCCACAGAGUCGAGGAGGUCCAGGAGUUGCCAUUGGUUCUCGCUAACGAGUUCGAGUCCAUCUCCAAGACCAAGGAGGCUGUUGCCGCUUUGAAGGCUGUUGGUGCCCACAAGGACAUCAUCAGAGUCAUCAAGUCCAAGAAGUUGAGAGCUGGUAAGGGUAAGUUGAGAGGCAGAAGAUUCGUCCAGAAGAAGGGUCCAUUGGUUGUCUACGCUAACGACAACGGUAUUGCCAAGGCCUUGAGAAACGUUCCAGGUGUCGACACUGCCCACGUUUCCCGUUUGGGUUUGUUGCAGUUGGCUCCAGGUGCUCACUUGGGUAGAUUCGUUAUCUGGACCCAGGCUGCCAUUGAGUCUUUGGACUCUGUCUACGACAACAAGGCUGGCUACUCUUUGCCAUCCAACAUUGUCUCUAACACCGACUACAAGACCUUGAUCAACUCUUCUGAGAUCCAGGCUGUUGUCAGACCAUCCAACGAGGCUUCUACCAAGAGACCUCACGUCUUGAAGAAGAACCCAUUGAAGAACAAGCAGGUUAUGUUGAGAUUGAACCCUUACGCUAAGACCUACUCUGACUUGAAGUUGGGUUCCACCAAGGUUGACAAGAAGGGUGCUAAGCCAUCUAAGGGUCAGUUCCUCUCUGUCUUGAAGCAGUAA